CACUGAAUAAUGUAGGUGUCUGUUCUCUGCUGGGUACUGAAACACACAGCAAGCAGGCUGUAGCCCAGUAUCGACACUAUGCAGGCAUCACACUGGUGGUAACCUGCUGCUGCCACAACAAGCCGUUGCCCGGUGUAUUUAAAACGAGGCAUGCGCAAAUAUGCAAUUGUGGAGACCAGUGAAAUGACUAUAUAGCACGGUUCCCCAGCUGGCGUCCCGCUACUGACUCUAGUUGAUGAUCCCUGCUGUAUAGCCUUCAGUCCUGCUGAUUUGAAUAGUAUCAAGCCCGUGAUCAGAGCAACAGACGGCUCUUUGGGGAUCUCAUUUUCAUCCACUUCAGUCCUCUAUGUGAGACAAGCAGGAUGGGCUGUUCCACGAGUACCCAGACAACAGCGCAGGACACCACCAGACAGCCCAGCUCUAAACCAGAGGAAAGCAAUGGAACCAGCACUACAGGGGCGGCUAAUGAGAACGGUAAGGUUGCGGAGGACAGUGAGACCAUCCCAGAUCACACAGUGACCGUGGCAGCCACAGGAGGGGAGGCCCAGUCUGCUCCGGCUGCAGCCCAAGCCGAGGCUCCUGCAGCGGAGACCCCGGCCCAGAGUGAGACCCAGCCUGUAGCCGAUGCUCCUGCAGCAGCCACUUCCCCCGAGCAGCCAGCCAGCUCUCCAGAGCCUCCCCCUGCAGCCCAGGACCCAGCAGCUGAGGUCACAGCAGAGGCCGAUACAACUGCAACGAGCCCCUAGUCAGGGAAAUGAAGCCGGUCUUCCCAUUGUUGUGGAUGAAGAAUCUGCAUGAAUGUCCUAAUUUGAAAGCGAGAGAGGAUGACAAUAUAUACACACACCACUUGCCUGUUGCCAAGCUGCAGACCAGCUGAUCUCUGUCACCAGGAUCAAUCGGUCAUCACUGUGCCUUUUUCCCUCUGUAAAUACUCUACUUCCUGUGCAUUUAGUUGUAUUACUGGCAUUGAUUAUGAAACAUUCAUUAGAUAAUUGCUUCAAAGUAACUUAUAAAUGCUUAUUAAUAUUUGCUUGAAUCUAAAAUCUACAUUUCUGGUGACUAGAGUUCGUAUUACAGCCUUGUAACGAUGUGGGAUCAAGUAUGAGGAAAAUCAAGUAUGUCGGAUUAAGCGACCAACACUAAUUUGUCAGAAUUAUUCAUUCAGGAACAACUUGAAUCCAUUUACUCACACAUAUUUGAGAAAUUAAGCCAACAACUAUUAGACAUUUACAUGAUGUUUUUACAGCUGGCUUGGAUUGUACAACCCAUGUUACGACCAUGUUAUAAGGGUAUAUAAUAUGACCAUGUUAUUAAGCUCUAUGGCCAUGUUAUAACGCUUUGAAUAAAACAGGUACUGAACUCAA